UGGAUAUUCACAUUGACAGCAGAGCUUGCUCCUCUUCACUUAACUACUAAUUCCUACUCAGAUGAGUUAAUCUUCUAACAAAGACGUGCAACAGCAUCUGCAGAGAGCUGCAUUACUAUUUGUUCUUCAAAAGCUGAAAAUAUUUCAGAACCACAAGAGCAUCAAUCAUAUGAAGAACCCUUCUUUUCAAUUCAGAAAUUAGAGGCUUGUCUUCUUUAGACUGUCUACAUAUUUGCUGUUCCUCUAAAAUGGACCGUUUACAACAAGCAUAUUCCUACCCACCAACCAACGUCACCUUCAUUUAGUCAGAGCAUCUCUGCUUCCUCAGUCUUCACACGUUCAUUAGCUCUGAAAACAUAAGAGAUCUGACUUUCAGCAGGACUUUUGGUCUGGCUUCUACCUUUUUCUUUAAAGUGCUUGUGUGCAUACUCUUUCUGAAGCCAUGGUGCUGUCCGAGAAUCAGGAAUGUGGGGUCUGUUACCUGCGUUACUCCCGUAGCGAUCGCGUUCCCAGAAUGCUGCACUGUGACCACACGUUCUGCACCCACUGUCUGGAGACAAUGGCACUGCAUUACAGCGGCCUGCGCACUAUUCGCUGUCCUCUCUGUCGCCAGGUGACUUGUGUGGACCAUGGACUGAGCUUGCAGGAGGCACUUUUUGUCAAUAGCCAACUAUGGGAUGGCAUUCCUGACAUCCAAGAGGAGGAAGAGGACGUGAAAAAGCAAGACAAAGAGGAAAGGGGAAGUACUUCUAAUAUUCAUGGACUGCCCACAUCACAGGCUAAAUGUCCGGUGCCAAAACAAUACAGGUCCAAACUCCGACUCCCAUCUUUCCUGAAGAAAAUGAGUUUCUCUAAGCACCCUGAAGAGAGAAUCAUUCCCAGUUGCACUGUGUGAGUGUUCCUCCUGCUGUUACACCAAGCAGCAAGAAAUGAUGUCAUGGCGAAAGCUCUCAUCAGAAGAGGUAUUUUAAAAAGUGGGACAAGUACAGACUCUGUAAACAAUGGAUUAGCAAUAUGAACAAUGGACUUUCUCAGUCUGUUUUUGCUAUGGUCAUUAAAACUGUAUGUCAUGUGCUAAUUAAGCCUGGCUUGCUGAAAAUGCAGGAGCAACAGUCAGCUACGUUCAGAUAAGGUCGUUUAACACAAUCCCCUCCAUGUGCUUCCCUGACUGCAUUUUCCACUUGAAUAGCCACAAGUCUGAAUCCUGCUUCUCCAUCUGAGGGGAACUUCUCAUUAGAUAUUCCACCCUUAAUCCAUCCCAGCAGCUGGGGCCGGAUUUGUUUCAACUGUCCCGAGAGAGAGUCCCAGAUGCAAAGCAAGACUUUCAGAGCAGAUGGCAUCUUGAGAAAGAUUUCCCCCUGAUUCUGAUCACCCCCUAUGUCUCAGAUGGAUUAUUUUAAGUUAUUAUAAUCUUUGUUAUUCAUAUAAUGUAUAAAUUAAUG